AUUCCAACCAGACCGACUCUUCCGUUUCCCUCGAUCGCCAUCAUCAUCCACAUCCUCAACAACCACCUCGCAACCACCCUGAACGCUGUCCCCUCAGGCUCUGAAGCUUGGUCUGGCCUGAUUCACUUCGGUCGUUUAGGAGUCUCCUACUCCACUAUCAUGGCCUGGAACUAAUCAUCUCAGCCCUAACAACAACAAGAAAAUCCUCAUCAGACGCUCCGAUAGUAAGCUUCUUCUUCCACCCAAGAAUAUUAUUAAUCAUCCACCUAUUUCCAUCUCUCUCUCUUUACUCAAUCAUCCAGCUAUACAGAUCCAUUCCCAAGCCAUAUCCGUAUUCGGAAAUCCAGCCGAUCACAGCCAGACUAAUUACUAAAUACCAUGGACGAACGAGAUCACCAGGAGCAGAAACCACUCGAUCAUCUUCGCGAACUCAACCCACUCCAUGGAGUGAUGACCCCACCUCAAUCCUUGGACGAGUCCCUGUCGAUGGCCAACAGAAGACGAGCUAGACCAUUCAGCAUGCUCUCCUACAACAAUCCCAUCCUCACUCAACCCUCCAACUCCCCCUCACCACUCUACCCAGAACCACACUCUCGUAAUGCCUCCUUCAGCUCAGCCCCUCGCUCACUAGCCCAUCCGGUACUCGGAACCCCUUCGAAACGGCCCACUACCCGCUGGACCGUCAUCAUCAUCCCUCCUGCCCUCCUGCCACACUCCCCCCCUCCACCUCAUGUCUCUGGUUUCGCACAUGGCUAUGGCGCCUCUGGUCGUUAUUCUGCUGGCCUCUUAUUACCCCUUCAAGCAACCUUGACCCUCCAACUAGCUUCAAUUGCACGUGAAUUCUCGCUGCCUUCAACCGGAGGCCUCAGUCUUCAUCUCUCCAUCUCCUCCGUCGAUCAGCCUCCUAUCCCUGGCCCUAGAGUGACUGAUGAAAGUUGGAGCGUCUUGUUUGGUUGGGCCUUCGAAGACAAUCCUCCAGCGUGUGCUGGCCUCCAAGCUGCCACCGGUUUACCCAUUGCCGGUCGGUUGGAGUUUGACAUUGACUUGAAGAAGGCGCGUUGGUUUGAUGCCUGGGCAGCUGCAGCCCAACCAUCCAAUCGAACAAGCUCUCAAGUUCAACAGUCUCUCAAACUCACCUCUACUAACUUCACCCUCGGCCUCGCUCGCGGUUCAGAACCAAUGGUAGCUUCCUCUUCAUCCCCAGGCGUCCGAACCCUGAUCACCUCCACCCGACGAAGUAGCUGCAAGUCCUCAGCCACAGACGACAGCCUGCGUGAUCAUAACAAACAUCUCCCCAACGGUCAGUCCGAACACCUAGAGGGACAACCCAGAUCGCCCACAUCGAUCAAGUCAACCCAAGCCUCGCCAUCCCGAUACGCCUCAGGAAGCCAAGACAGUCGAAUGCCCGUCUCCCCGGCCACGAUCUCAUCAGCCGAAACCCAUCAUCGUCAGCAACUCGAACGCUUGGUUGAGUCCGAGGAGCUCUCGGCGGCUGAGGAAGAUAACUGGCACAUCCAGCAGCAGAAUAUGCUCCGCCAGGCUACCUUGGAACGUGAGCAGAUCGAGCUCGCCGAUCAGCUCGAGGACGAGCGCAAGGUGAGGGAGGAACAAGAACAGUCUUCCCAGUCACAUCAUCAGCUCGCGAUGUCCACCACCCUUCUUGAAGGAUCAUCGUCCAAGUCAAUCGGCCCUUCGGCUGUGGUUGAAGCACACAGCCAGCAGACAAUCGACUCGUUCAACCGUCCUCAUCCAGAUCUCGCCAGAUCGAUCGGAUUUCAGGAAACCGGGUCACCACAAACGACACCGGUUCGUAACUGGCAGCCAAACGAAGUUAUCAUUUCUCUUCAACCUACUGAAUCAGCAAACCACCCGGACAUGACGAGGAAGGAGUCGAGUAACUACUCAAGCGAUCGGGUAGAGAUGGAAGACUUAUCUGGUCCGAUAAUUUCUGGAUUUUCCCCCACUGAAGCUGCACAUGUUAUUGGCGACAACUCAACUCGGCAAAAUGUGACCAUCACCACGUCGGAGUCAACCGAAGCAGAACCUUCGAUGAAUCGGAGUCGCUCAGCUGAUCACGAGGAGACCUCUAUAACCUCCGAGUUGUUGACUGACUCAGAGACUAUCAGGGCCGAGCAAGAUUCAGUGGCUUCAGUUCAACGCAUAACAUCCAGAUCUCCUGAAACUCAAACUUCGAUGGCUCGCAGCAUUUCAGAUGGCGUUCUAAAGACCAAAACACAGGAGAAAGUAGAGGGUGGCAACACGCUUUCUAACGUUGGCAGCUUGCGUCCUGGAGCUGAAGAAGUAGCAGGAGAUGAAACCAGGAGCAAGCGUCUUUCGGAGCCCGCUCGCCAGCAUCAAUCCGCUGAAGGUUCAUCGUUUUCUUCUACCCUUGGGCGUUCCGUGAAUCGAUUCUCUGGUGAACAAGAAUUGAUUAAGCGUCGCUUGAAAACACAGCAAGGAGAUGAAGAGACACAAAAGUUGAUCGAUGAGAUGAACAGAUUAGUCAACGAGAAGGCAAUGGCCAAGGAAGCCAUGAUUCUCUCGAAUCCACCCCUCAAGAUGGUUCGCGAUGAUGAACCUGCCUUGCCUCCUCCAGUCAAGGAAACCCCUAGAGCUCCUCCGCCACCACCCACCAGAUCAAAAGUCAUCCAACUUGCCAAGUCAUUUGGUUCAGCUGAUCAUAGUCCAUCCACUUCCACUCAUUCAUCUCCCAAAUGCAGUGGUCGCACACUUGAAAGCUCGCCGACCAUACAUCCAGCACCGCUUCCUCCCGCAAGAUCUGAGCCCGAUCUCGAAUUUCUUGCUCACCCACCCGUCAUCCAAGGUCCUUCUUCUUCCCACUCAACACCCCAACUCAAUGGUCAACGCUCGGAAGAUCAUCGGAUAGAGCCAUUACCCGCCAAUCCUACUUCAAAAUCAUCGCCAUCCUCAGUCACCUCGUCUCCUUCCACACGCUCUUUAUCACUCUUCAAACCACGUCUCUCAAUUGGCAACAAUUUGCUUUCAAACAUAUUUCGCAGUCAGACAAGCAGUAAUGUUGCCGAUCCACCCCCCGUCGUCGUCGAUCCGCUCGCCCCUAUCUUGCAUUGCUACGAAAGCCCUGAUGGGAUGUCCCAGGAUCUGACCAAUUACAUCAUUUCUGCUCAAGAUCAAGCCCUUGAGAGACAUCAAAAGUUCACUUUAGCACUUUCCGGUGGUAGCUUGCCUAACUUGAUUGCAUCUGGUUUAAUUGAAAACCCUAAGGUCAAGUGGGAGAGUUGGAAAGUGUUCUUUGCCGAUGAAAGGAUAGUACCGCUGGAUCAUGAAGACUCUAAUUUUGCUAAUUCAAUGAAGGCAUUGUUUGAAAAGGUCCCCAUCGAUCGAAGUCAAAUAGUGAGUAUCAUGGGGCUUCCGCCAGAUGACAUAGACCUAGACGAGAUGGCCCCUGUAGUUUCGUCGAUCUAUAUGGCCCAAGUGUUGGAGGAGUUGGAUUGGUCAGCAGAUGGCAACCAGCUACCCAGGUUUGAUCUGAUUCUGCUUGGCAUGGGUCCGGAUGGACACACCUGCUCGCUGUUCCCCUCGCACAAGUUGCUGGAUGAAGAAGCGAUCGUCAGCUGGUGUAACGACUCUCCCAAGCCCCCAGCGCAUCGGAUCACGAUGAGCUUAUCGGUCCUCAACGCCGCCCAUGAGCUUGCCUUCAUUUGUGCUGGUGCAAGCAAAGAAGAGGCCCUCGCCGCGGUCCUCGACAAAGAUCCGUCACCCACCAGGCCCGCUAGUCUUGUCAAGCUUCCCCACAAACCCAUCGUCUGGUUUGUCGAUCAAGCCGCCGCUGCAAAGACCCAGUACCCGUGUAGCGCUGCUCCGGUGUCUGCUCAUUCGACCAAUCUCCCUGAAAGCCCUGUAAGAUCCUUUGAAACUUCCAACCUUGGAGGCCUUCAACUGGAAGGCAUAGAACCAACUCCGGCAGUGCAGGUUCAAUCGAUGGACUCAUCUGACAUUGCUCAACAGGGGGUCGUUGAUGACCUGUCGGUUUCACAGUGUCGACCUGAAGACGUGCCAGCCAGCCAGUUAUCGCCCUUGAUAGGCAGGCUGAAUGGCGAAGCGGUUGAUUUGGCCAGUCUUGGUUAUCCUUACAGUCUUCGAGUUUACCCGGCCGUCUACCCAUACAUCAAUGAAUUGCUCUACUGCCCCGCCCCGCCAAUCAUCGAGCACCUUCCACGUUUGCCACAGUCCAUCAGCCUGUACAAGGCUGCAGAACUGGAAUCAGUCACAACUAACCCUACUGCCAGACAAGAGAUUGUUGAGGAGGUCAUCGAUGUGUCGGACAACUCCGUCAAAGAGACUUGCCAAGAGACUAACUCAAAGCAGCUUGUUGAUCUGGAUCGAGGGGUUGAUCUAGACGAGGUGGUUGGCUCAGAUCAGGUUGUGAACUUGGACCAGGUCAAAGAUUUCGAUCAAACAACUGAUUCGGCUGGGGUUAAAGAUUUGGAGAUUUCGAAAUCAAAUCUCCUGGGCAAAGUAUCAAUGUCAAAGGUUGAUCUAGGGUAUCCGCUCAAUCUGAGCAUAUAUCCCUCUGUCUAUCCUCAUCUGGAGGAGAUGUUGUACGCUCCUCUGUUUUUCAACCUGGAAAUCAAUACACCACGGACCGGAAACCUUCACAUAUCACCGCUUGUGUCCCUUAAGCCUGAUCUUGUUGAAGAGGUGAUUGACAGUCAUGCCCUUAAACAUGAUCUUGUUGAAGAAUUGAUUGACAGUCGGAAGGCAGUGGCACCACAACUCGAACAACCCCCUCCUAGUUGUUGGCAGGUUGAGGAGUCGUUCGGCUAUCCUUACAAUUUAAUUUUGUAUCGCGCCGUUUAUCCCCACUUGGAGGAUUUUAUGUAUCCGCCCCUCCCUGCACGCCUUGCCGAGGUACAGCUCACACGGCAAGCCAAACGAGCACCAGCACCCUUCGCACCCUUCUCGGCUCAAAUCAAUGGGUCCCGAGGGAUCGCGUACCAGGUUUCACCUGGCCUUGAAUCGGGUCCGACCAGUCCCUUGAUCGACCAGGCUGCGCAGACUACAAUCAUUGAGCCCAAGAGUCCGGUAAUGGCUAUGCAGACCACCCUCUCCCCCGCAUUCCAUUCGCCUUUACAACCAACCCAAGUGACUCCAACAACUAGGAUCUUCACCCCCUCUUUACAAUAUUCUCAGCUCGACUCCGAGCAUCGUGGUAGUCUUACUCCUGCUGUAUCUCCUUUGGCUUUACAUGCCUUACCCUCUACUUUACAGCAGGAGUACUUUGGUGAAAUUCAAGCACCACACUAUGAGUCCGAGGAGAGUGAUGGUGUCCCCAGAUCAAAGCUUCCAACCAGCCCUGUUGAAAUCAUCCCAUCACACCUUCCCCAAUCAUUCUAUCCCACAGACAAUCCCGAACCCAUCCAGCAGGCACGCAAGAUCAUCUCUCCCUCUCUGCCAUACACACAUCAGGUAACGGCCACAGACGGAGUCCCUGUUGCUGUUCCCGGAGCCGCCUUACAGGCUUCUCCCUCAGCACUAGGGAUUGGCUUUUUCGGUGGGACUGGUGAGGCCUCGACGACGAGAGGAAUGAAUAUUGAAUCUGUCGAGGACCUCCACAAAGCUGAUGAAGAAAAUCAUCAUCAAGUUGAGACGGACCGGGAAUCUGAAGGAUCUUAUUCGCAGUUCUCCAAAGGCGAUUUAUCAAUGAACAGUCAGACAACCCUCCAUCAAUUAACCGAUGAUGACUGGCCGCCUACCCCUCCUUCACCUGAUCGGUUACCAUCGCCCGACCUGAUGUCCAGGUUGGCAACGACGCCAUCAACAGCCAAUCAUAUCAAUGGAUCGACCGACGCCAAUACAAUUCAGCCUCAGUUUCCUAGCUUCAAAUCUCAUCAAGCUCCUGCCAUUGAUCAGUCAUCAAGCGCACUAAUCGAGUCUGAACAGGAGGUGCACAUGUCAUCGAUGGCAGAGGCUAGUUUGAUCACCCCAAGUGUUGCACAUUUUCACGACCAGGCGGUGGUCGAAAUCCCCGAAGGUUCCAACGCCCAUCCCGAAGAUGCUGUUGAGUUCCAUGCAGAAUCUACCCCAAGGGCUAGCGCCCAGUCACAAUUAGAAGAGAUUCCUUAUAUGCUAUCUACAUCACCAGAGAGCAUAGUCGAGACUCCGCUGGAUUUGGAUUCAUUACCUGAAAUCCUACCAACUGUUGCUGAUCCUCAUGUCGAGGUUUCUCCACUGCAGCCCGCUCUGACUAAUGGAUUGGGACUUGAGCUGGGUGAAACUGAGGUCAAAUCAGACAAACUUUCUACACCAACAAAUUCUAGUCACGUUGCACUACUUACCUCACGUGGCGCUGAAGGGAAUCAAGGCGAUUUGAAGGAUGCGGAAGGAUUGACUCAAACGCAAUUGGUGCCAUCAUCAGGUUUGUCUGAAUGCCAAAUGAACUCUCUCCGUUUACUAGGUGAAAUGGAUGUAGAUGACAUGGUUUCAGAGAUAUCGCCACCUCGUCUAGCCUCACCUCCGUUAAUGGAGCGUCUCUUUUUAACGCCUUGUGCUACGCCUACCUUUGCAAAACAAUUUCCUACUUAUCAAGCCGCUCUCACCACUGAUGAUGAAGAAAGCUUCUUGUCUCCUCCUAAAAUAGAAGCGGAUUGGCACAUUCCUCAAGUCUCGUUGUCUGACGCUAGUGCGCCCUCGCCCCCGCGAACUCUCCCGCUUCCCAUCCAUCCACCACAUUGUGAACCUUCAGAGAGGGGCAGUCUGGUAUCCAGUGAGCUUUCAGUCAGGCAACACCAGUCACACCACUCAACAAGCCCAGAGGAAGUAUCAACACCUACAGCAGCUCCCAUCCUGGAUGAUCUAGUGAUUCCAUCGACUAGCCAGAUUGACCCAGCCGCAGAUAUGAUCGAGGAGGCCCGCUCGGACUCCCCUUUCUUUCUUGACCAAAGUCCGGGUCCUGCUUGCGUUGACCAAGGUUCAUCUGCCAACUCCUCCCCGGUCCACGCCUUAACGGUCGAUUCGGUUGAGCCUGUCGAACACAGCAUUGCUGGCCCUGACUUCAAUCAGCAAUUCUCGAGCCAGCUCAAUUCACCAAUAUUUCCUCCACUUAAUCUGACGAUGGACCUGUCUGACCCUCUUUCUGCCGCAAGCACAUCUCGCUACGCCAUGGAAGAUGAUACGGUAGAAAGCGCGGAUAUAGGUGCAGAGCAAAGUCCAUCAGAUCAGUCAUCGUUUGAAAAUCAAUCAAAUGGGUAUAAUCUUGAUCGGAUUCGCGCAUUGAGUGGUCAAACACCGGUGACAGACAACAGUGAAGACGUGGAGAGUGAAAUUCAGCACAAUGUUUCCGAAUUGUUACCCGCGAUCACCAAGCGUCCUCCCACGCCCACAAACAAUGAACAUGAAGUGACAGUGGAAUCAGUAUCUAUUGACGAUGCCACUCCCCCGCCACCAUCACCAAUCUUACUUCCGUUCCAAGACGUGGCCGAGAUCAGUGAAGCAUUGGCCCAAUUUGUCUUUGAAGCACAAGAAGUGGCAAUUCAAAGACAUGGGAAAUUCCAACUUGCACUAGGCGGAUCGAUCUUACCGCAGAUCCUUGGUGAAGGGCUCGUGGGCGAUGAUCGGAUUCGAUGGGAAAGCUGGGAGCUUUUCCUAGUUGAAGAAUCGAUUGCUCCGCUUGGAUCGCCUCAUUCAGUACUGAGUGCAGUCACAGAAUCAAUCAUCCAGCACGUUCCGAUUCCAAGGAGUCAGGUGCAUUCAAUCGCCGAGUUGACGCAGGCAGAUAUUGAAGAGACCAAGACGAUCCCGGAAGGAUUGGACAGUUUGGCCGACAGUUUGGCGGAUGAGUACGAGAAUCGUUUGAUUGAGUUGUUUCCGGAGGCCAGCCACGAGACGGGACAGCCGCCGGAGUUUGAUCUGAUCCUGAUUUCGGUCGGGGAGGAGGGCCAGGUGGGAAGCCUGUACCCAUCGCACCCGAUGCUCGGCGAGUCGAACUGGUUUGUGGCGUGGCUUGGCGACGCCUGGGAUCCUCCAUCCCACCGGAUCACACUCACCCUGCCCGUCCUGAACUCGGCUCGUCAGUUCGCGUUCCUCGCCGUCGGCGCUGAGCUUGCGGAGAUCGUCUCCGACGGUCUUGAUCGCUCCAUCCAAUCCGAUGUCCCCAUGGAAGAAGACCGUGUUAACCCCGCCGCACUCGUUAAAUCUUCUAACCUUAAACCGGUCGUGUGGUUUACUGACUUUGCUGCUGCUUCGUUGACUGAUUACCCUAAAUCGGCAUUCUGGGAUGAACCUUGAUUCCUCCAUCGAACAUUCAUCUCUGUUUAAAAAUUUUCAAUUAAUUAUCUUCAUUUUUUUUUUAUCUGUAUAUCUGUAUGGAAGCCUUUCUCCAGAUUGUCACUUGUUGUAUGUACUAACAAAUAAAACAAAUCAAAGAGGAAAGGAAAGCUUUAAUGUUAGUUUGGAGGAGCAAAGGGGUCACUUUGUCCACAGAUCUAUUGAUUGCAUGUUUUUUUGGUGUUCUACUUUUUUAUGACUCAGAUUGAUUUGAUGACUGUUCUUUUUAACGAUUUUUAUAUGGUUUUUCUCUUCUCUCAUGAAUGUCUCCUUUCUCUCUUGUUGGACUGUUUAUUCUUUUUCUUUUGAUGCAAUUUCUUCCCCUCUCAUUCUAUUUCAUUUUAAACAAGGAACGUAAGAUUUGGUUUUAUUUUUUACUCUCAUGAAUUCUUAUUACAUUCUAUGAAUAUCCAGAUGAAGGUG